AUGAGCGGCGGCGAGCCAACGCUUGAAGUACCCGUCUCUCGCGGUUCACGCCUCCAUUUCUCAUGGGGACUUGGCUCUGAGUUACGCCUUCUGGAUAUCCAAAAUCCAAACACUGAGCAGGGAGGCAACGCCGGCUCUGCGACGCGAGUCUGUUGGGGCCAGGCGAACAGCAACAGCCGUGCUAUCUCCUUUGGAACUGCCGAGCAGUAUGCAGAGGUACAGCGCUCUCGUCUCUCAGGCGCGCGAGAUGAUGCCCAUUUGGCGCGCGUGGCGUCGUACGCUCGUACUAUACGAGAACAGCUGAUGGGUGCACGGGAGGAAAUUCAGUCGGACGGCGGGCAGAGCCACCUGGAGGUCGCGCUGUGGCACUUGAUGGAGAUCUUUUUCGUGGACGCGCCUCGCCAUGAGGGCAACCUGGGGGAGGCGAGUGCGUGUGGCUACGACUUUGUCCAAUGGCUUGCGUCACAUUCCGAAGUUCUGGAGGUGGUUUCGGAGCGGGUUCCCCUGGCCAAGCGGCUGCAGGACGUGGUUUCCUCCCCUUCCCCCGACACCCACCCCGGCUACUGGGGCGUGCUUCGCCGCCUGGCGGCACUGGGUCGCAUCUCCGAGGCCAUGGAACUGUUGGACUGCCAUGAAGUGCGGAGAGCGGUGACGGGAGGGGGGCAGAGAGGCGGGGGGGCCGCGGCGGCGGCGGCGCUGCAGCAGCCCGGUGUGCGGGCGCAGGUUGAGCUCACGGAUUGUUUGUUCGUGUUGUUGAAGCGGCUGCCCCGCCUGGCCCCCUCGUCCGGCUGCCGGGACCCCCGGGCGCAUUCCUCUCUGGCGGACUUCGCGGCCGCGCGGGCGGUGUGGCUGCGGGAGGUUCAGGACAUUGCGGGCUCGGAGGGGCUGUUCGCGGCGGCGGGGGCGGCGAGCCGGCGCACGGCGGAGGGCGUACGGUCCGUACUGGCGAUUCUGUUGGGUCAGCCAACUGCCCUCCGAGCCGCAACUCGCGACUGGUUGGAGCUGGCGGCGGCGGAGGUCGUACAUCGCCAGGCGGGGGGUGUGGUGGCGGCGAACCAGCUGAAGGCGCUGUUGGCGGAAUGCCAGGCGGCCGUGGCGGCGGCUCGACGGGAGGGGGAGGGGGAAGGCGGGAGUGGGGGUGGGGGGGACAGCAGCGGGCUGCUGAAUUGGCUGGCGGGGCUGUUGGAGGCCCUGACUGAAAUGGACAUUGCUGGUGUGGUUUCGGAGCUCACCACCAGCGGUCUGGGAUUGGGCUGGCUGUUGGCUCACUCGCUGGAGCUGAUGGCGGCCUACCCGGCCGGGGGAGGAGGAGGAGGAGGAGGGGGGGCGGCUCGGGCUGGAGGCGGUGGCGGCGGAGUGCUAACUCAGCGCCUGGCUGUUUCAGGAUGCGACCAGAUGGAGUACUUUCGUUUGGCCUGGGCGGAUUCCCUGCUACCCAACUGUAUGAGUGGCGGUUGGCAGUUGGUGUUGCAGUACCUAGCGUGGUGCCCGCAGCACGGCGCAGCGGCGGUGGAGGCGCUCAUGGAGGCGCUGCCGGUUGACAGUCGGGAUGUUCGUACAUUGGAAAAGGCACUGGCUGCGUGUCGGCGUUUGGGACUGGGUGGUUCGGCGGCCGUGUUGUGUCGUAUGGCGGGUGUGGACGCUCUCAGUCGGGGCCACCUGGGCAGCGGAGUGCAGUGGAUGGUUCGUGCAGGUGACACCCGCCGUACAGCCGCCGCGCUGCAGCUGGUCGGGGUUGCGGUGGAGGAGGCUCUGCUGGCGCGACUCGGUAUCUACCAGGCGGGGGCCUUGGCGCUGCCGGGGGGCGGCGAGCUGGAGGCGUUGCUGGAGUGGCUGCCCGUGGUUGGAGGGGAAGCGGGCGGCGGGGGAGGAGAGGAGGCGGCAGGAGGAGGAGGAGGAGGGGGAGGAGGGGGUCGCGGGCUGACGUCAUUCCUAGGGGAUGUGCUGCGGCUCAGUCAGGCGAUGGGAGCACUUGCGGCGGCUCGAGACUCGGGGGCGCCGCCCGACGACCCCGCUACCCUUGGGUCACUCGCGGCCGGCCACGCCGCCUUCAUGUCCAUGGUCCGCCGCCGUACACCGCCGCGGCGCCUCUGCUUGCCGCUGCUCUUCUACGCCAUCCCGCUUCUGGAAGCUUCCGCCGGUGGCGGCCGCCUCUUCAGUACGGAUGACGUACAGCUGCUGCGGCAAUGGGCCAGCGACUGCGCGCGCGGCGCCGUCGCCACAAGCAUUGGCACGGCCGCCGGCAGCGGCGGUAGCGGCGGCACCGGUGGACCCAUGGGCGCCCUGGCGGCGAUGCUAAGGGUUCACGACCGCUACGCGAGGGACGUACAGCUGGCGCUUGUACGGGCGACGGCACGUUCCCACGUGCUGCAGUACAGUGGUGGCGGAAGCGGUUGCGGCGGCGCUUUGGGCGGUUUGGGUGGCAGCGGCGGUGUUGGCGCCGCCGCUGCAGGUGGCGGCGGCGGCGGCGGUGCAGCUCUGAUGCUGCCGUCGUGA